CAUUACUUAUUAUGUCAUUAUAUAAGUUACAGAUAAUUUACCUAUAUUAUAUAAAGAGGUUCUAUAUUUCCUUGCUUCAUCAAGCAAAUCGUUAUUAGUAGUGUUGUCCUGUUAGUCUGGUCCCCUGAAAGACCUUGCAAGACCUUCAGCCACUGGUAGUAACAAGGUGGACCAAAGGCGGGCCGCUGGACCACAUCACCGACAAGGAAAGAGGCGCCAGCCAGCUCUUUGACAGCCACAGGGCACCUCAACCUCGGAUUCCAAGGGCAACGACUCGGUUCUUUAGGCGUCCGAGAUAUAUUUAGUUACCCAAUCCUCGAGCCACUUGUUCUCUCCAACCACAAGACUCGUCCUGGUCGCCGGCAACAAGAGCAUUGUUCCGCGCAGGCACUUGCGCCGCUACCCAUACAGCUCAACCCUCGAGUAGUGGUGAGAUAACCACAAGACGAUGACGAUGAAUUUCGUUACUUUCAACCAGGACUAUAGUCGUCUUGCUAUUGGUACUUCGAAAGGAUUCCGAAUCUACCAUAGCGACCCCGAGUUCCGACCUGCCUUCAAGAGUGAUGAAGAUAAUGUCUCGAUUAUUGAGAUGAUGUUCUCGACUUCCCUCGUCGCCCUUGUUUUAUCCCCGCGGCGCCUGGUGAUACGGAAUACAAAAAGAUCCUCGACUAUCUGUGAACUCACGUUCCCGUCCGCUGUACUUGCAGUGCGCCUGAAUAGAAAACGACUCGUGGUAGUACUCGAAGAGGAAAUAUACCUCUACGACAUCCUAAACAUGAACCUUCUCUACACGAUCUCAACCUCGCCAAACCCCCACGCACUAUGCGCCCUGUCUCCCUCCUCCGACAACUGCUUCCUCGCCUACCCCCUCCCCAAAGCACGCGACGAGCCCGGAGAAAAGCGCCCCGCCCACGCUCCCCCAACCUCCAAAUUCGUCCCCCCGAUCUCAGGCGAAGUCCUAAUCUUCGACACCCUCACCCUCAAAAACAUCAACGUCGUCGAAGCCCACCGCGCCCCCCUCUCCUGCAUCGCCCUCAGCAACGACGGCACGCGCCUCGCCACCGCCUCCGAGACAGGGACCAUCAUCCGUGUCUUCUCCGUCCCGAGCGGCGACAAGCUGUACCAGUUCCGCCGGGGCUCCUACCCCUCCACUAUCUACAGCAUGUCGUUCAACACCUCCUCCACCCUCCUCUGCGUCUCCUCAACCACAGACACAGUCCACAUCUUCCGCCUCACCUCUCCCUCUAGCCGCCCUACAUCCCCCGGCUCACCAGGCGGCGAACGCAUGUCCGGCGGACGCAGCCACGACAGCGCAACCUCCUCCGGCACCUCCCCCGGCUCCGAGGUGCGCACUACGCUCCCAACCCGCAAAUCCAGCGGAACCCUCGGCUCCAUGUUCCGGCGCACGUCUCAGCUGAUGGGCAAGAAUGUCGUUGGGGCCAUGGGCGGCUACCUUCCGAAGGGGGUGACGGAGAUGUGGGAACCAGCGCGGGACUUUGCGUUUAUCAAGAUCCCGAAGAGUUCGCUGGGGGAGAGCGGGAAUGGGCAGAUGAGGAGCGUGGUGGCGAUGAGUAGUAAUUUUCCGCAGGUCAUGGUGGUUACGAGUGAUGGGGGGUUUUAUGUAUUUAAUAUUGAUAUGGAGGGGGGGGGGGAGGGGGUGCUGGUGAAGCAGUAUUCGGUUCUGCAGACAAAGGAUAAGUUCGAGCAGGGUGUGCUUGAUGGAUGA